GAGCGUCGGGAGCGCGCAACAGGGUCUAUCGUACAAGUGGUAUGUGCUUCCUCCCGUCAGUUACUCACUGUUUGAAUGCGAUGAUGUGUUGUCUAGUUCACCCAACCCAUGUGCUGUAGCUAACGAAGAACUAUUUUUAAUGUGCUUUUUUUUUCUUCUUUUUUUUACUUCACCCAGCGGGAUAUUCAACGGACAGAUUAGCUUUCUUUGUCCCUCGUUUUGACUGUAGGGGCUCGUGAAGGACUGACAAGCGUCUUUUUGUGUGGCAUGUGAUAGAGACAAGGGACUGAGGCGUGUUUGCGUUUAACGGAUGCUACCGGGAAAAGAAGGGGCUUUCUCUCAUGUAUGCUGCCUGUGGAUGUGACUUUACCUCCGUCUGGGUUCAGCAGGACAUGACGGAGGAGCGCCGCCGGUGGAUUUUAUGGGGCUCUUGCUAGCUGUUGAAUGGCAAGAUGAACAAUGACUGUUGAGCCUAAUAGUUUUGUUUGGAUGUUGUUAUGCGAAUGCCUUGUUUUUAAACGCGCAGACAGUAAACGCAUUUUAAUUUGUGUGAAGUGAGAGCUAACGUUGGUGAAACUGAACACAGCACGGGGAGGAUCAAUUCAGGCGCGGCCAGGCAGGCAAACAAUGCGGAUUACCUCUUGACUGUUUUGCCUUUGUGUCACACAGCCCGUAUACAGUUUGAGACAACACUCGCAGGAAGAAUACCCGGUCCUUUUUUUAAUUGUAAUUUUAAUUUACUGUCUUGGAAAAGAGACGACUACAAACUGGCUGACAACAGAGCAACAGGGACAACGAUGGCGAACGACUCUAUGCAAAGUGACCCAGAUGGGCUGUCGGUUCUGGAGCAGCUCGGCCUGGACCAGAAUUCGGAUUUCUCCGAUUCCAGUGUGCAGCAGCUUCUAGACGAGCAGCGCGAAAGGAUCCGUAGAGAGAUUCGUAAGGAGCUGAAAAUCAAGGAGGGUGCUGAAAACUUACGGAGGGCAACGACGGACAAGAGGAACGCACAGCAGGUGGACAGCCAGUUGCGUUCUUCUAAUCGCAAGCUGGAAAACCUACAUGCUCAGCUGCAACAGCUGGAUGCUCACAUUGUGGUGAAGGGAGGAGAUGAGAAUAAAGAUGAGUGUCCUCAGUCUCCUGGGACUGAGAGUCGUACGUCAGCCCACAAGGAUCGCAUUGCUGCCCUGGAGAGACAGCUCAACAUCGAGCUUAAAGUCAAACAGGGAGUUGAAAACAUGAUCCCCAUCUACGCUAAUGGAUCCACCAAGGACAAGAAGAUGCUUCAGACAGCCCAGCAGAUGCAGCAGGACAGUAAGACCAAAAUUGACAUCAUCCGCAUGCAAAUCCGCAAGGCUGUGCAGGCCACCGAGCACAAUGAUGACACACAGGGUAACCAGGACCUCUGUGGGAUGGAGCUGCGUAUUGAAGAGCUGAGGCAUCACUACAGGGUGGAGCAUGCUGUUGCUGAGGGGGCCAAAAAUGUGCUCAAGCUCCUGGGGGCCAACAAGGUCCAGGACAAGAAAGCCUUGUCUGAGGCGCAGUCUCGUCUGAGCGAAGCUUCUCAGCGGUUGGACUUGCUGAGGUACUCUCUGGACCAGCGUCUGGCGGAGCUGCCUGAGGACCAUCCCAAGGCCAGUGUCAUCAAAGAGGAGCUAGUCCUGGCCUCCUCCCCUGUCUUCAGCUCUCGCCAUGGCGCCCCCUAUCACCACAACCAGUACAGCACCCUCAGCAAGCCCUCUCCUCUCACUGGUACCUUACAGGUGCAGGUGCUGGGCUGUGGGGGGUUGUUGGAGGUGGUCCCAGGUCGCAAUAAAGGGACAGCUGUCAUGUUGCCCUGCUACAGCCCUGGAGACACCAGGUCCUUCAUGAGAGGCAGCAAGGGACUCUACGGAAGGAGCGGCUCAGUCAGCGGGAAGACACCCAGCAAGACAGACGAGCUCUCCUCUGAGGUGAGUGCAGUGCUAAAGCUGGACAACAGUGUGGUGGGCCAGACACCUUGGAGGACUGUGGGAGAACAAGCUUGGGACCAGAUCUUCACUGUGGAGCUGGAAAGGUCAAGGGAGAUGGAGAUUGCAGUCUAUUGGAAGGACUAUCGCUCGUUGUGUGCUUUGAAGUACCUGAAGCUGGAGGAGUUCCUGGACAACCAGAAACACAGAGUUCAGCUCGAGCUAGAGCCUCAGGGCCUGCUGCUGGCCGAGGUGACCUUCUUCAACCCGGUCAUUGAGAGAGUCCCUCGCCUCCAGAGGCAGAAGAAGGUCUUUUCUAAGCAGCAAGGCAAGGCAUUCAUUCGGGCUCGUCAGAUGAAUGUGGACAUCGGGACCUGGGUGAGGCUGCUUCGAAACGCCAUUCCUACUGUCAACAACUCAGGAACCUACAGUCCCAGUGCACACAGCCUGACACUCAACUCUGGGGAGGUGUCUGUUGAGAAGUUAAGUCUGGACAGCGACUCUCCGAUACGAGGCGAUUACAAGAGAGACAUGGACGCACUUACCCCGGACCGACUGCCAGUUAUCGAGCCCUUCUCCCCCCCAGACCUCACCCCUGAGUGCCCUGUCCAAACCCCAUCUGUUGGCAGUAAGCAGAGGAAAGGUCCUCUGUCUCUCCAGGACUUCAGGCUGAUUGCUGUGUUGGGCAGGGGACACUUUGGGAAGGUGUUGUUGUCAGAAUACAAGAAGACGGGCACGAUGUACGCCAUCAAAGCCCUGAAGAAAGGAGAUAUCGUAGCUCGGGAUGAAGUGGAAAGUCUAAUGUGCGAAAAGCGUAUCUUUGAGGUUGUGAACCUGUCGCACCAUCCGUUCCUCGUCAACCUGUUUGCCUGCUUCCAGACUCCAGAGCAUGUGUGUUUUGUUAUGGAGUACACAGCAGGAGGCGACCUGAUGAUGCACAUCCACACAGACGUCUUCACAGAGCCACGAGCCGUGUUUUAUGCAGCCUGCGUAGUUCUUGGACUUCAGUUUCUCCAUGACCAUAAGAUUGUGUACAGAGACCUCAAGCUGGACAACCUGCUGCUAGACACAGAUGGUUAUGUGAAGAUUGCUGACUUUGGACUUUGUAAAGAAGGAAUGGGCUUCGGGGACCGGACCAGCACAUUCUGUGGGACUCCAGAGUUUUUGGCCCCAGAGGUCCUAACGGAUACAUCCUACACCAGGGCAGUGGACUGGUGGGGACUGGGGGUCCUUAUCUAUGAAAUGUUGGUGGGAGAGUCUCCAUUCCCAGGAGAUGAUGAAGAGGAGGUGUUUGACAGCAUUGUGAAUGAUGAAGUCCGCUAUCCACGCUUCCUGUCCACUGAGGCUAUCGGCAUCAUGAGAAGGCUGUUGAGGAGGAACCCAGAGAGAAGACUGGGAUCUGGUGAAAAGGAUGCAGAAGAGGUGAAGAAGCAGCCGUUUUUCCGAAAUGUGGACUGGGAGGCAUUGCUUCAAAGGAAAGUGGCCCCUCCAUUUGUGCCCUCUAUUGUGGGCAAGGAAGACGUCAGCAACUUCGACGAGGAGUUCACCACCGAAGCUCCGAUGCUCACGCCUCCACGUGAGCCUCGCGUGCUUUCCCGCAAAGACCAGGACAGCUUCCGGGACUUUGACUACGUCUCUGACCUUUGCUAAUGGGCCAGGGGCUCAAAGACCUAGAGGAAUGUUCGAUUUUGAAGGCUUCACGAUGGUUUCAUCUGAGGGAACUGACUAUCCGCUGACUGUUUGUCUGCCAUUAAUUACACUGUGAAUGUGGAGAGACCGGAGAAGUUGUCUGGGUUUUUUGUGUCUGCAGGGUUUUAAAGUUGGUGGACUGAGAAAAUAAAAAGCUGGGACGGAUGGCUGAUGGGGUAAAAUGUUGGACAAACGAAAGCCCCCUCUCAAAUCAUUGUACAACCCACCAGUGACUUGUGAACCUUUUACAAACAUUAGCCUUAGAAAUGCCUCCUCCCAUCCUCUUGUGUGUCAGUGUAGUCACCUGUGCAGCUGUAAGAGGAGGAGCUGUUGACUGUCUGUGGGGUUGCUGAUGGCCUCUCAUACCAAUGCCUUACAUUUGUACUUGUAUUUGAUCCACAGAAAAGCAUUUUGUCUUUAUUUUGUUGCCCUUUGUAUACGGAAGCAGGAACAGUGGUCCGAUGUGCUGCAGAAAACACUCUCAACUCAAAAAGAAUGCUCGAUGUUAGGCAAAUUAUGAAUUAACUACGGGGUAAAGAACCACUUUUGUACUUUUGUUUAGACUUCUUCCAACUAAUUUUCCAAAUAUGUGCUGCUUGGAUUUUAAUUUUUACCACAAACGUUUUGUAAAGAAGUCAUACUUUAUGACACUAAAAGCCUCAACGCAUUAUUCGAUACUCACCACAUACUUUUAAAUUUGAUAUUUGUGUAUUAUACACAGUGUGAUGUUAACAGGUCAACCAGUAAUAAUUUUUAAUUAAAAAAGAAAAAUCUGCAGACACUUAGACUUAUUGUUCAAGUAACAUUAUGGAGUCUGUCCAACUUGGGGUUGAGACAAAUUCAUUCAGUUAUGUAUAUGCUACCAGAGUUUAGUGAACAUGGAGAAAGUCAUUUCCCUCCAAGACGAUUAUAUCUGACUUUGAACUCAACAAACACAGACUCUAACUGUUGUUCUCGUUUCCAAAGUAUUCGUUGUGUUUAUUGCAAUGUUUGGUUUCCAUUAUAUAGGUAGUGAUAAAAUCAUCUAUGUUUUAGCCAAAACCGAUUGAUAUCUUAGUGAUUUGGGAAACCUGGGUGGCUCCACAAGCAAAACUAACCUCAAUAGCCGCUUCUCCACAGAAGACCUUGCUGCAGUGAGUGCUGCCUUAUAUCCCAGCUAACGUGUUUGUUGGAAACACAAUAAUAAAUGGUGGAAAAUAUGAGCCAGUGGUAAACACUUUACCAAUUCUGGGUUUGUUGUGAAGCAGUAUGUAUGAUGGUGUGGAUCUUACUCUUCUUGUGUAUGACAAUACAAAAACCACGUGAGAGUAUGAGAUGACUUAUUUUAUAAAGAAAAUCUGGAGUGAAUAUU